GGGGAGGCGGCAGCUCCAGAGAUGGCAGGGAGCGAGAGGAGGGGGCUCGGCCGCGGGAGCCCCGCGGAGUGGGGGCAGGGGCUCCUGCUGCUGCUGCUGUGGGGCAGCUGCUCCGGGCGCAUCCACCGGCUGGCGCUGACGGGGGAGAAGCGAGCGGACAUCCAGCUGAACAGCUUCGGCUUCUACACCAACGGCUCCCUGGAGGUGGAGCUGAGCCUCCUGCGGCUGGGCCUGGAGGAGACGGGAGAGAGGCCCCCGCUGGUGGGCUUCAGUCUGAGCCGAGUCCGGUCUGGCAGCCUCCGCUCCUACUCCGCCCGGGACUCCCAAGACUGCCUUCUCCAGAGAAACAGUAGCAGUAGCAGCUUCCUGGUCCUGUUUCUCAUCAACACCAAGGACCUGAAGGUCCAGGUACAGAAGUAUGGGGAGCAGAAGAAGCUGUUCAUCUCUCCUGGGCUUCUGCCCGAAGUGCCGCCCAGAUCGGAGCUCCCGAAGCCAGAGGCCACGGCCAGCGCCAGGGUGGACAGCACGACCACAGCUGCCAGCAAUCCACCUGCAGUGUCUCAGGGUCCCGGUGCGAAAGACAAGGAGCUGGUGCUGGGCCUGGGCCACCUCAACAACACGUACAACUUCAGCUUCCACGUGGUGAUCGGCUCCCGGGACGAGGAAGGCCAGUACAAUCUCAACUUCCACAACUGCCACAACUCCAAGCCUGGGCAGGAGCAUCCAUUCGACCUCACAGUGAUGAUCCGGGAGAAGAACCCGGAGGGCUUCCUGUCGGCGGCGGAAAUCCCCCUCUUCAAGCUCUACUUGGUCAUGUCCGCCUGCUUCCUGGCCGCAGGCGUCUUCUGGGUGUGCGUCCUCUGCAGGAACACGUACAACGUCUUCAAGAUCCACUGGCUCAUGGCGGCCCUGGCGUUUACCAAGAGUAUCUCCCUCCUCUUCCACAGCAUCAAUUACUACUUCAUCAACAGCCAGGGCCACCCCAUCGAGGGGCUGGCCGUCAUGCACUACAUCACGCACCUGCUGAAGGGCGCGCUGCUCUUCAUCACCAUCGCCUUGAUUGGUUCCGGCUGGGCCUUCGUCAAGUACGUGCUGUCGGACAAGGAGAAGAAGAUCUUCGGGAUCGUGAUUCCCCUGCAGGUGCUGGCCAACGUGGCCUACAUCGUGGUGGAGUCGCGGGAGGAAGGCGCCGGCGACUACGGGCUCUGGAAGGAGAUCCUGUUCCUGGUGGACCUGGUGUGCUGCGGCGCCAUCCUCUUCCCGGUGGUCUGGUCCAUCCGGCACCUCCAGGACGCUUCCGGCACGGACGGGAAAGUGGCAGUGAACCUGGCCAAGCUGAAGCUAUUCCGGCAUUACUAUGUCAUGGUCAUCUGCUACGUCUACUUCACACGGAUCAUCGCCAUCCUGCUGCGUGUGGCCGUGCCCUUCCAGUGGCAGUGGCUGUACCAGCUCCUGGUGGAGGGCUCCACGCUUGCCUUCUUCGUACUCACCGGCUACAAGUUCCAGCCUGCAGGGAACAACCCGUACCUGCAGCUGCCCCAGGAGGAUGAGGAGGACGUGCAGAUGGAGCAAGUAAUGACGGACUCUGGGUUCCGGGAAGGCCUCUCCAAAGUCAACAAGACAACGAGCGGACGGGAACUGUUGUGAUGGCUCGGGGUCUCGGACCAGACCGCCCUCCGCUUCCUCCGCCUCCCGCUCGCCACUCCUGCCCCUGGCGCAGAGCGAGUGCGCGGAGGUGCGCGGGCCGCAGCAGGGAGGGUCCCAGCUCCCUGGACCCAGGCCCCCAGAGGGGGCCGCUUCGGGGAAGGCGGACAUUGGGCAGCCGGGGCCUGGCUGCGGGCCGCCGUGUGUUCACGGACAGCGAGGACCGCCCCGUUGCAGGGGGGCUGUGUUUAUCAUUCGGAAGCCUGUACUCCCCGGGGGCCGGUGGGGGCACCACGCCCACUGCUUUACACAUUCAAUAAACAUGCAUGGAGCAGCU